AUGGCUCGUUCACUCAUUUUACUCCCUAUACUAGCUGCGUUAGCUAGUGCAGCAAAGCUUGCCGUCCAAAAUGCCGCUGUGUCGGUCUUGUCUUCCGAAGGCACGCAGCUGCGUGCAGAGUCGUACGUUUUGGACUUUGGUGGAAAAUUACCCUCGACGCCGUUAGCACUAGGUCCAACCGACAGGCUCAAGUUGACAUUCUCAAUCACAGAGAAAGGGAAAGACAGCAAGGGGGUGCAACCGCACCAAACAUUCCUUCGUUUCUAUGAUGAGACGACGGGUGAAGAAGGUAUCCAACCAAUCCGUGUCAACUCCGGAGGGAAGGCCAAGUUCGAGCUCAACAUGGCCCGCCCACCACCUUCCUUACCACCCUCCGGCGACACACCCCUGCACGUCUCCCUCCUGAUCGGUUCCUUCGUACACGACCCGCUCAAAGCGCAUUUCUUCGACCUCUCCAUCCCUCCUUCCGCACCCGCUCCGCAGCACUCGGAAGAAGCAACCUUCCACCCGCUCCCUGAGAUCCAUCACACAUUCCGUCCAGAACCCAAGUCCCCACCAAGGUUCAUCAGUGCAGUUUUCGCUGGCGUCGUACUCGCUCCGUGGCUCGUUCUUUUCACUCUCCUCGUGCAAAUCCCACACAAACUUCCAUACCUCUUCAAACCCCAAAUCCUCACUUUCGUCGGUCUCCUCGGCGCAUUUGAAGGAUUACUUUUGUGGUACUGGGUUGCUUUGCAUCUCGGACAGGUUUUGGCAUACGGUGCAAUUCUGGGCUCUGUAACGAUCCUCACGGGUAACCGGGCUCUUAACUCGUUGGCGAAAUGGAGGACGGAAGGUAACCAAAAGUAG